AGAAACUUCCUGCCGCGCGGCAACGCGAAGACGAAGCCUUCUUAUCGGACGACAAGGCGAUGGAAUGAAUUACGUGUAAUAAUUAUAAUGAUACCGUAGACGCGAAAGAUAAUAUUAUAGUUACUAUACGUCAGUUAGGUUUCUAGUUCACACGUUCAUUGUCAAACUGAAAAUUGGAAUUUCGCGUGGUGGGCAGAAUUUUUUUAUUUCUGCUCACCUUCGUUUAUGCCUUAAUGCAAUCAAUGAUUUACUUAUUGUCCUCGAAAUAAGUUAAUAUAUUAUUUAUAUACUUUUAUUAUUAUGUACAUAGGAUUUAUGUACGCUAAAUAUCUAUCACGCGAUAUCGCGUGAUUGGCAAUGAACGUGUUGAAAGAAAUACUAGGAGCCAGAGCCGUCUUAUUCUAUAGACGAUCGAGAAUUAUGAGAUAGACUCAGCACGUUUUUCUAUUAGCCAUCGAUCUAGAAGUGGAAAGGUUAAUUUCCAUCAGCGCGAGAGAACCUCUUGCUCCUUGUUAUUCCAUCUUCCACGGUGUGUAGUUAUUCGUGUUGCUCGAGUGACUCAUUCACGGUCGAACGACCGCGGAAAAAGUGAUUUACAGGACGGAAUCGAGCUAGAGAUUGAUUAUUAAGCUUUCUCUGGUGAAUGAACGCGUAAGACGUUCGCGUUGGCCCUCGUGAUUUUACGAACAUUUUUGGUAUUCCACCUAAAAAUGAAAAUUGUGAUUAAUAAAAAGGGUCAGAUUGGAUUAGAAUACAUUGAGUGAUAAACCCACGUACGGUGACUGUCUUUGAAACGGCGUGAAACACUGGCUAUCUUCUUGUGCUUCUUGCAUCAAGGUAGCACGCCACGGAAACCGGCUCGACGAUCCAGAGGAAGGGAGCAGCCAAAGCGAACGCCUUUCCCAUCAUCCGUGGAUCUUCAGUAUUCCUGGUUCCAGUCGGACCGAUGGACGGUCUUCGCUUGCGUAUCGUUCGUUCGCAUCGUGCAAAUCGGUCAACCAGCGAAUGUUGAACAGCGAUUAAAGCGUGGGAAGUUGAACGAUCGUGGUGGUGGACACGGUGCUGCGAAAACUCGCCGAAGAUCGAGCCGGAGAACAUGAACGCGUCAACGGUCCUCCUGGUUCUCGCGGUAGGCGUAGCAAACGCUCAAUUGAACUUUGACGGUAAUCCUCUGACGGAGAACACCGAGUACACCGCCGAGGAGUCGCAGCUCUCUCGAAGAACCGCGAGGCGGGAGGAAACCGCAGCGAACGCGACGAAUGGUGUCGCGGAACGUUCCCAGAAUUUCCAUCUGGGGUUCGAGGCCGAGACAAGUGCGUCUUGGAAUGUCGAGACGAAAAGUAAACCCGUGAACGAUCUGUCCAUCGACGAGGAAGAUGUAGAACGACAUAGUUCCUUCGCCGUUAAACCAGAUGCCGUUCAAACGGGUCGACACUUGACCACGAGUCCCUACGUUCACGGAACAAACUCUAUCAAUCCAUCCGAGCUGGCGUUGAGCACGUUUCUGAACUCGAAAACGCCAGAGGAGUCCCGGCAAUCGUUGGACGAUUACCUCCAGAUCAGAGAAUCGCCACAAAGCGUUGGCGAUCAAGCCACCUCGAGUACGGGCCAGCAACAGCCUGCAUCCCUGACGGGCCAACAAUCGUUGACCUUGUCGUCGCCGGUCAAUCAACAUCUGACCGCGCAGCUUAUGCAACAACGAGAAAUGCUGCAAACUUUCCCUGUUAAUCACAGACAGCAAUUCAACGAACAGGUUUACAAUGCGAAUACGCAAGAUCCACGCUCACCUGUGCCCAACACCGUGGGUACACCGCUGGCGCAGCAGGCGUUUACGUCUUACGCGCAGCCUGGGAUACAGAGCAGAAACGAUCUCUUUUAUCCUGCCGGAUGGCAUCAUCGCGUGAGAAGAAUACGUGGGAGACCGCUCCCCUACGCUCAGUCCAGGGGGGGAUUCUACAAUGGGCCUGUUCCAGGUCCUUUCAAGCCGAAGGCUCCCGUGGAGGUGAUCUACACGAAACCACCGGGUUUCGGUCGCGGUCCUCCGGUCCUCGGCAACCCUCCAGUGCCGUACGAGGACGCCAGCGCCUGGUUCCCUGAAGCUGACCAUCCGCCACCUGCGAAAGACGUUUAUUACUCCCAGCUGUAUGCUCAGUCCUACGACCCGUACUACUACAACUACAUAGCGAAAACGGGCAAGGUGAAGCCUCACCUGUACGGAAAGCUGGGUAAGUAUCACGAAGACGAAGGCGGCGACGGGAUCUGGGGAGAGCUGUACCGUGGCUUCAAGAAGCACGGCCUGAAGAACAUGAUGACGCCGACGUUUCUUCUGGGGAUGACGCUGCCGGUGGUCACUCUGAUGCUCACGGCGCUCGUGCAGAAGAGAUCGUUCGCUAGAUCGGACUCCGGUGAAUUCUCGCGAGAGGAGACGAUUCAGGAGUACCUGGAACAGCUGCAGAGAGCCAUAGAGUGCUACGAGAAGAAGAGAAGGAAGAGGGACGCGAACGCGGACGAGUGCUGGAAAUUUAAUUAACGCUUAACUUAAUAAUUUAUUGAAUAGCAGGUCGGAGCAGGCACUUGUAUCGUUCUCGGUGCAAGUCGCUACGACCUUUCAGGUAGGGGGUUGUGAAUGUCGAAGUGAAUCUUGGACAAAACGUUCAAGAGUUUACGGGGAGUCUUGUAUAUAAUGCGUGUAAUAUAAUAAUAAUAGUAAUAACGGUACGAAGCGACUCGUCUGAGAGAGUUAACGUGACAAACGAAUCGUCGCGGGUCAAUUACCUACGACCCUGUUCACGUCCACGUGCUCGUGAGUGAACGGUUCCAUGGAAUGCGGGUUUAAUUAUGGACGAUAUCAAUGCAACACGACUCGACUUUCCUUUAUGCAACUUUUACUUUUGUACCCGUAGUAGAUGGCGAACUGGACUGGUAGCAACGGUCCGACUUUCGUCUGUCAUUUCUUCUUCAGUUAGGCGUGCAUCAAAAAUUGGUAAUCAAGGGAUACUUUCUCCGUACCAGGAGCUCUUCUCUGGAACCUCUAUCGGUCCGUCAGUUUUAGAAGGGGCACAAAUCUGUAGGAUUUAGUGAAAUAAAGCAAUCGUUUCUUGCAGCAUUCUCUGUUCUCAUUACCCACGCUUCAUUGGGUCAUUCCACGCCAAAUCGAUCGCUUGUUUUGGUCGAUGUCUCGGAUUUUCUUCCAAAUGAGAUAUACAUAUUGUAGUUUACGUGAAAUUAGGGGCAGUUUAAGUCAUUAUUUUGCUCGUUUCGAAACCGUUUGAGAAAUACAAGCUCAAAUAUUGCGACACAUUUUUCACAAUAAUGGGCAAAAAU